CUCAGUUCGCCCUCGCCUUUGGUUUCGGAACGUCUCAUCGAUGGCGUCCAAACUGAGGUUUUUUCCAGUAACGGUAUUUUUUGCACUUCCGGGCACCUUCCUCAUUACGUAUCUCAUUUCAGCAUUAAUGCAUCAUGUUGAAUACAUCUUGCCCACAAUUAGUGAUACAGGUGCAAGUGUGCCAGAAAGUUGUGUUUUCGGCAUGUUAUUGAAUUUGACUGUAGCCCUUAUGUUAUUUAUUGUUUAUGUAAGGCACAAGCAAAUAUCUGAAUUUUUUAAAGCCAAAAGUAUAAAUAAAUCUAAGGAACAUGUAGCAAUGAUCAAUAUGAUAGCAACCAGUGCCGGAGUCCUGUCGUGUAUUGGUUUGGAUGUAGCUGCUAACUUUCAAAUCAGUCAUCUGCCACCAGUGCAUGAUUGUGGCAUUUUAUUGUGUUUUUGGUGUUCUGCUAUAUAUAUUUUCAUCCAGACAGUCAUUUCUUUCUGGAUGUCUCCAGAAAUGACAUCAUUGUGGGUUGUGGCUGUCAGAGGGAUAUUAGGAAUGAUGGCAACUGCUUUAAUAGUUAUUGCAAUCACAGUAGAAUUGGUAGCAGAAGAAAAAUUAAUAGAUGUUUACGGGAACUUUAAUAGGUCUGUUAUUGCUCAUUGGAAUAGUACACAACCUGGCUGGCCAGAACACAUUACUUCAGGAUUAAGCCAGUGGAUAACUGUAGUCACAAUUGGCUCUUUUAUUCUUACUUACUAUAUUGAUUUCAAAAGGGUUACAAUCUAUCCACCCGAGCUUGUGAUGCAUGCUGAUCCGGUACCAAAGCCAGUAGAGGCUACAAAUUUUAGGUCCUUACAAUAUAUCUAUUCAUAAGCGAAACUAGUAAAAUAGGAGUUAAAUGUCUACAGUGAAGGCUAAUUAUGCCUGAAUAAGUCGUAUCACGUCCGGCUGUGAGUACUAGAAGGAAUGAAGAUCUGAAAUAUUGCAAUACUCGUUUCCUGAGUAGAGUAUGUCAUAAUGUGUUACUGCUACAAUCAUUUCUGUAAGAUAUAUCUAACAUGAGAAGAUUUUGAAUAAAUGGAUAUAACAAACUUUUCAAAAUUUAA